AUGCCGAAUAAGAAGAAAAAUAACGCUGCCAGAAAUGCUUUUUACUUUUUUAUGGUAUCUCUUAAACCCCAGCUUGAAAGGCAAGGUGUUGUUUUAGAAAAUGGGAUGCAAUCUUUAGCAGAAAUUGCUGGCCCUCGAUGGAAGGUAUUGUGUUUACAACAUUCUUUUCUCGAGGCUACGUGAGGUCAUUGAAAUUUUUUAUAUUUCAACCUUAACUUUACAAAGAGAGUUUAUGAUAAAAUAUGGACUAUAACCAUAUGCUGUUAUUUCAAAUUUACCCCAGUAUAUCUGCCCUCUUCUAUUCUCAAAGUAGUAAGUAUUUCUUUUUCAGAACGAGAAGAAUAUCACAGGAAGGGGCCAUCUUGAAAAACAAGAACCUUUGUUUUCAAUUUCCGUUCGGUCGUUCCGUGACACAUUGGUCUUUUCACUAAAGAAAAUAAGUUUGUGAAUCCGGCAGAAGUGCUUUUUUCUUUAACUAUUCUAGGGCUACCUGGAAUCGAGGACAUUUUGGUACAAACUUAACUGCAACCAUUGUUUCAGAGCUUUUUUCACAGCUUUGAGUUGCAGAUGAGCAAACAAUCGACAUGUGUUCACCAAUUUGUUAUGCCCUUGAGUGAAGCCACGGAAGCUUUCUGGUGAUUGUGCUUUCUACUUCAAUAAUUUCAUAAAAUAAUACAGUUUUUUUUUUUAUAUUUACUCUUUUGUGCUCAGUCAAUUACUAAUACUGCUUUUUUUAAAGGGAACCUCCACUCUUACUACAGAAUAAGUUUAAAUCGAAUAAAAUUAUGUCGAUAAACAAAUUUGUUCGAAAUUUGUCUUAAAAAAAGUGUUUAUAUCAGGAAAAGUGAAUUUUAAAAUCGCUUAUUUUCACUUUCAAAUUUCGCGGGCGCCGCCAUCUUGACUAAUUGUGACGUGUAAUGGUUGCUCUGUUGUUCUGACACAAAGAGCUUUUGUUUAAUAACAAUAGGGCAACCAUUACACAUCACAAUUAUUCAAGAUGGCAACGCCCGCAAAAUUUGAAAACAAAAAUAGGCGAAUCUAAAAGUUAUUUCUUUCGGAUACAAACGCUUUCUUUAAAAAUAUUUUAGAUUGACUUGACUGUAACAUUUAUUUCCUGUGAUUUAAAGUUAUCUUUUUGUUGAAGUGGAGGUUCCCUUUAAUGAAAUGUUUUCAGGAAUUACCAGAGCAUGAAAAAGAAGUCUACCAGGAAAUGGCACGCCAGGAAAAAGCAAAUAAGAAGUAUCAUCCAGUGAGAAAUGACCGGAUGGACUGCACUGGAGAAUAUAUUUCAGUAUGUUAAUACAGCACAGCCUACAUCGCUCAUCAUUUUCACUUUAAUAUUCAUAGAUCAGAUCCUAAAUCAGAAUUUUAAAAUAAAACAAUCAUAUUUUGUGGAGUAGUGAAAAACAAAUGUGCCCGGGGGAGGGGGGGGGUACUUUAGGAAUUUCUGGAUGGGGAUGUGCCGCUUAGACCCUGGAACUCUUAACCUAAACCAGAGGUAGUUCAGCUGAAUUUUGCUACCCUAUACUAGAGUAAACUCCCCAAAAUCCCCCUAUCCUAGAGUAGCUGUUUCCCUAGUCUAGAUAAAAUCUUCAACCAACUGAUCAGUUUUCUGAAAAAUGAUACCCUAUUCUAGACCCAAACGCUCUGAUUUAUAUACCCUAUCCUAGAGUAAACUGCUUGAAAGCCAUACCCUUCACAGCAGCACAUACCUAUAUAGCCCAUAUAUGGCAGUACCCCCCCCCCCUCCUCCCGGGCAAAUGUGUAAGUGCAGUCGCAGAACAUUUAUCAGAAUGGUUUGUACUUUCUUGGUGUUGUGGGUGGGUGCAGUCACCAAUUAAUGACACAAUACAAAGAUUGAAAAAACACUCAACACAGGGGUCGCACACACCUUGAAAGUCAUUGAAAGUCCUUGAAUUUUAGAAAAAUGAAGGCCUAGAAAGUCCUUGAAUUUUGGUGCUAACUUUAUCCGACCGGAAUUCUCAAGUGCCUGACAAGAGCAAACAUAGAAAGACCUUCAGGAUUAAAUUGCUCAUGUUGUGGAAGAACUGAAAAAAGCCAUAGACUCAAGACUCUUUUUUGCACAGCUGAAUGGAGUCCUUGAAAAAUGGGAAAUGUGUCCUUAAAAGUCCUUGAAUUUUUUGUUCAAAAAAGGGUACAAAACCUGUUAACAAUACCCACGUCUCAAAACAAAAGUGAACCAACGAUGGUUUCUGCAACACCAAGAAACACCAGAAUGGUUGUACUUGAAGAAUUGAGGAUUAGAGUAAACAAAACAACCUCUCCACCUGCAUUAUGGGCAAAAUUUGGACAGACAUAAGUUGAUAGUUAACUUUAUCCUUAGUUUCAUUGUUAUUUUCCAUUUUUUGUGACAUGUGUUUAAGAUAAUGACAAAAACAAAAAAGUGAAAAUUUGAAAAACAGUAAUUUAUUGGAUAGCCUGAAACUCAGCUUUCUGCUCUAGCGCUGACACAAAACAAAAAAAGGAAAAUUUGAAAAAUAAUAAUUUAUUGGAUAGCCUAUAUCUAGAAUUCAUUCUCUUUCAGGCUGGAAAUUUUGGACCACUCAAAUACAUAUAAACCUUCUGAAAGCCUAGGUCCUAUUAAUUACCAAGUUUAAUUGAAUUUAUAAGGGUCCCUGCAAAAACUUCUCCUGCCCCAUUUAUUUAGUCUUUGAAGGGAACGGUAGUGAUGAUAUUUAAUUUUAUCAAACCAUAUGUUCUGGUUGCUAGAUUCGUAAUUAGGCCCUUAGUGACUCCUGAUCUAAUAUCAAAUUCUUCCUUUGAUUCAAAAGUGCAUACAGUAGAAAUGGAAGGAUAAUCUAGCCAUUAAUCAGGCAUAAUAAUAUUAAUGUUCCAGACAUUUCACCUUGAGAGUGAAGUAAAGUAUUAUUAAUAAUUUUAAAUUUUUUUGUUGAAUUGUCAUUCCAGAAACGUGUAGAUACUGUGAGUCUUAAUGACAAGCGGCGCAAGGAAGAACGUGAAGAAGUAAAGCGGCAGUGGACUCCUGGGAGAGGUAGUGUGUCUUCUUUCGAGUUUUCAUGUACAUAAAAACAUAAGAUAUUGAUUGGCUGUGUAAUACUCCUAACAUUGUAAACCCUUUAAACCCUAAGAUCAAAAUUUGAAUUCUCUUUUGUUGCCCCUGGGGAGAAGUUGAUGAAAUAUAAAGCAAAUUCAUUUUUGUGAUCAUGUCCAUAAUUCUCAUGACCACUCUGUUUUACAAAGCAUUGUCAUUACAAGGUGAAAUUUGAUGUUGAUCACUCUUAGGGCUUAGGGUUAAUGUGCGAAUGAGGCCUUGUUAGGGUUAAUUUCUGAUAUACGACAUGGCCCCGGGAAAGAAAAAACAUGGGGCUUCUUUGAAGGUGCAGUUGAGUGAAAAGACUGGCUUGACUAACAAAAAGCCUGCUUAGCUUUUCCUUUGCUACAUCCCUGUCAUUGUGUAAGAAUAUCAUACCUUACCUCAUAGGGGAUAACUAUAAUACCCAGGGAAGGGGGUACUCCUAGGAAUUCUUGGUAGGGGUGUACUACCCAGUUCUUCAAAUCCUGACCCUAUUUCAGACCAAACAAUGUCAUUUUCCACACCCAUGUUCAGACAAGGCCCCUAAAAUCCAUACCCAUUUUCAGACUCGGUAUCUAAGACAUUAUGUCAUUAUUCCUAAGAUCAGAAUGCCAAAUAAUCCUCUUCGAAUUCAUAUAUUACUCUUUCUUUCUCAAUAUUCAUUUGGAACUGAAACAACAGACACACUUAUACACUCCCAUAGAUCUCUCAAAAACCAUUCCUAGUUCCAGACCAAAAUGAGCAAAAUGUAUACCCAUUUUCAGACCAAAACAGUGCAAAAACCCUACCCUUUGGGGUGGCGCAUACCUAUAUGGCUUAUAUAACGGUGUACCUCCCUGCCUCAGGCUAUAACAACGUGUUUAAUCUGGAGCUUGUCCAUCUUUUACAGCUGUCUGUGAUGAGAAAUUCUACAUGGUUGGGUUCAUGUCUUAUUAUGAUAUUCCCAAUGAAGGCUACCUUCCAUGCGAGCUUGGUGCUGUGGAAUAUUCUCUUAAUGGAGGCAUCCUACGCAGGCUACAUUUCUUUCUGCCACCAGGUUAGUUGUUGUUAUUAUUAUUAUUAUUAUUAUUUGAUAAAACACAGGGUCUUCCCCAGAAGUCCAGUCAAGUCUCAGUCAGGAUGAUGAUGACGAUGCUGAUGAUGAUGAUAAUGAUGAUGAUGAUUUUUUCGAAUUAUUGCUUAUCUGUACCAAUAGACUUUCAGGGUUUUUUUUCUUUGUACAAGCAGAUUAGCUUGGCUUUUUUUUAACUCAAACCUUAAUUAAAAUAAUAAUAAAAGCAGGUUGUUGAAGUAAAUUGAUACCAUCCUGAAAUGGUAGAACUGUGCUACAUAUCACCAAAAUUAACUGAGAAAGCUAAAAGACCCAAAAUCGUUUUUUGUAUUAUUGUCUUUAGCAACUAAAGGAAGUGAUUCCACUUUCUUUUCGCCAAGCUUUUGUCAUACAAGGAGGCAACAUUAGGUUAAAUUUGAGAAUAAACUUAUAAAGUCAUUAUUUUUCAUUUCUUAAUUUGCACCACACUAUUAUUCUUUAUUUAACUUGUGGUACUGCAUAAACCGUACUAGAUAUUUAUUUGAAAGACUAAUUUCUUUUUCCAUUAUCUCCUGUAGGGGAAAUAAAAAUGGGUUUACGAUAUGCAGCCAUGAGUACAAGUAAGUCCUAUAGUAUAAUUCUAUUCAGAAACUAUCACAGUGCUGAGGAGUCAAACUUUGCCACAGUUGCCACUUUGGAAACAGCGGUAAGCCCCAGGGGUACCCCCACAGAUAGGCUAGAUAGGUAUAUGCUGCGCAAUGGGGUGCAUGGUUUCUGAGGUUCUCCAUUCUUAAAUAGGGGUAUCAAUUUUGCCCUUGUUGGCAUUGUGUUCCUGAUGUGAUCCCUAGAUGGGGUACCAUUAUGAUACCAGCUAAAUAUAAAAUUCAAGUUCUUGAAUGCCUAGCUACAUGAGAAACAAAUCAUCUGUUAAAACUCAACUUUACCUUUAGGCUGGUGGAUUUUUGUGUUUCAUUGAAAUUUCAGGUCUUCUCUUUCCCUUAAACUGGGUGUCAUUUUUUAGGUUCUGGCCUUAAAUACAGUAUCAGCUUUUGUUUGUCUCAUCUUGAAAUAGGGUCAAGAUUAAAGACCCUGGCCAGCACACACCUAUCCAAAAUUUAUUGCAGUUCAGUAUCCCUCUCCCAGUUGAUAAUUGGUCAUUUAAGGUAUGUAGGGGAAAAAUGUGACACCAAAUUCUAGUGACCCAUUCCAGGCAUUCAGAUAGUUAAACACCAGUGAAAAAUUGACAAGGGAAAAAUAUUAAGGGAGACUAGAGUAAAGAAGUCUACCCUCAUACGUACACAUGUUGUUACUGUAGCUUGUCAGGAGCAUUGUAUGCAAUGAGGGUCUAGGACUUCAGUGGUAAUUUGACAUUUUCUGUUUGUUAGGUGAAAGGACCCACCAAAUACCCAUUGAGGGUUUGGCAAAGAAGGAAGACACCUUUCGGAAGAUCUGGCUUGAACUCUUACGAUUUGUUAAUCCAGAACAAACAGCCAUUUUCCCUCCUGUGUACUGCCGGGUAAGCUGAUGAACAUGUAAAAUUUUUGUUUUACCUUUCCCGCCAGAGUUGUAUUUAAAAAGCAAAACGAAAAUAGAGCCUGAUCUCGGUUAACCCUGUCACUGCCAGUGUUCUUGAUUUUUAAGGCGUCUCUAACUUUUGAGUCUAUGGACGAAAUCCUAAGAUGUGAUCGUUCAAAUCAAACCUCUCUGCCUGUGAAAUUUGGAUAUUUGGUUGAAAUUUGCUUUUGACUUGUUUUAGCAACAAAAGGGUUAAAUUUCUGAGCCCCUGUUAGGGUUAAAAAUUCUGACAAGCGACAUGGCCCUGAAACAGCAACAUAGGACAUCGGAAAUAACCACAAACGACAUGACGAUGGGUUAAAUACCGACAGGGAUGGAGAAAAGCACAAAUACAAUAGCAUAAUACUGACAGCGACAUCGUUUCCUCCUCAAUACACAAACAACAAGUAUGUCAGACUAAGAACGUAUGUAAACCCCCUAAGAGGGCAUUGUUACUGGUACAUUUUGCUUUUCUUCAUAACUAAUAAACUUUUGUGUGUGUUCCUCUUAGAUUUCAGAAACGAAGCAGACAGAGUACUGUCUGCAUUAUUUGGCAAGAAAGGCAGGUAGGUUGAGAGAAAAAGCCAUCUUAAAUGUGCAUCAUACGUCAUAAGACAGUCUUUUUAUAUUUGUGUCAUACAGCCUGAUUCCUCUUUAAGUAGAUCUGUAAAAUCAAGCCCAAUUAUAAAAAGUUCAGGAAACAGUUCACUCACAGAUCUGUUUAGAAGAUGCCCCAUUCUGAUAGCUGUUAAUAAUAAUAAUGGCUUUGCCAUGGGAGGCAUAUAUCACUCUAUUAAGGUAGAGAACAGUCACUUGUUUGCCUUGACAUGCACCAAUAAUCAUGUUACAUCUUCGAUGAAAGUGGUAGCUCGUUUGAUGUGGAAAAAAAAGCUAGAAAAGUCUAAGAGGAAAUAUUGAAGACCUCUAAAAGUAAAGCUAGCUAGCUAAUUUUACUUGUACAUAUUAAUUUUGUGCACAGCUCAUUAGAGUACAGGAAUUAAUUGAAACUAGACAACAUACUUAGAGUCAGCACAUGUUUAAGUAACAUGAUUCUUGAGGAUAUUGUUACAACUGAUUCUGAUUAUAGAGAUGCCCAAUAAACUGAAGAAGGUGUAUGAGCUGGAAGGUUUGGUGUGUGAUCUACACGCCCACUUCACUGCUGAGUCAGGAAGUAUGAUGGGGAUAUCGAAAUCCAAGGCAACAGAGCUCAUAUCCAGUACCAUUUUUGAUUAUGAACCGAAUUCACGGUAUGUGACGAAUCAUUCUGUGUUAAUGGUCGCCAACACCAAAAAUUCUAAUCUAAAUCCUAAUCUUAUUUUGUGGUCACACUAUACAAUUUUGUCUUUCGGUUUUUUUUUAAUUUUACAGGACACAGAAAACUAUAAAUGUACAGAUGGAAGUUAUAUAACAGAGUAUUGUCUUGUUUCAAAGCAUGUUUGCUCAAGAUUGUUUCUAAGUACUUGGGAUUGGUUGGUCAUCACUAAAAACAAGUGCCUGUGACAAGGCUUUUGCUUUUUACUAAAAAAAAAUAAUACUAUAACACACAAUAACAAAAUGACAAACCCACCAGAUAGUUCAACCAUUUCUGAUGUGACACCAACUGACCCAGUCCCCAAGCACGUUGUCAUCUUGGAAGGUUGUAGACUGUUCACAGUCCUCUAUUUUCCCGUAAGAUCAUUUUCUUUUUUUUUCAGAUGUGAUUGGCAUGAGAAACAUGAGGUUAAAUUCUGUGCAUUGGGAACCGUUCAGCGUUACUGGUGAGAAAAAAGUUUUUGUUUUUUUUCUGGUAUACGUAUAAAAUAAUACCCCAGAGUGAUGCCCAUACAUUUCCUUAACCCAUCUGCUCGCCCUGGAAGAGCACAUAAUUUUGCUUUCGGCACAUACCUGAACUUCAAAAGCUAAUAUUUUUCAUCUGGGUCAGAAGACUGCAAACUGUUCAACCAGUUUAGCUUCAAAACACGUUUUAGGCAAAAUUUCCUGGGGUGAAAGGGUUAAAGAAUAAGUUGAAGAAGAAUUUAAAGGUGGAUCAAAGCAUUUUGUUACAUGGAUAUUGUUGGGAGAAAAUUGAUUUCAGUCAUCCCUGGAACUUAAGGGUUAAAUGAUCACAUCCAAGCCUUUGUUUGUGUAAUAUUAUUUUCAAACCGUUCAAUGCAUUUCUCUUCCCAGCUACUGUAUGUCUGAUUUCUUAUGUUCGGUUUACGGAAUACAACUAACACCAAAUCACCUGCCAGAGAGACCAGAGGGAGACUUCUGUGCUGUGGUUAAUGCACCGGAAAACAGCAGGUUGUCACAACAGGAUACCCGACCAAGAGGUGGGAGACGGCCAGUGGAAGAUAAUGGACCUUUUGCCUCAAGGGAUUAUCGCUAUUCUAAUGGAGGUGCCAGCAAUCAAGGUACACAAGACUGAUUACUAUUAUUAUUCAGGAUUUCUGAGCAACAAGAGUCAGUCCAGCAUAGCACGUUUAUAAUAUAGAAACUCUAUUCUGUUAAUGGCAGAACUAAUGUAACAGUGCCUUGCCUUGCAUCUUACAGAAACAAGUCAAAAAGUUGGUUUUAUUAACUCAGAUGAUCAAACCAACUUUUUUGUGUUGCUUCCCUUCCAAGACAGCAGCUUAGGUGUAUACGCUAGAUUAUAAAAUAACUAAGAUGGUGCGUGCAUUCUGACUGGUUAAAAACCGGUGGUUUAUUGUGCCAGUAAACUCAUAGAAAACUUAAAGUUAUUUUAUAAAAGCCAUAGACCACACUUUCUAUGGGUUUACCGGCGUGAUAACCCUCUUGGGAUGUUGGGAGAACACUCGAAAAGCUUGUGCGAUUGAUUUACAAGCUUUUCGAGUGUUCUCCCAACAUCCUGCGUGGGUAUCAAGCCGGUAAACCCAUAGAAAGUGUGGUCUAUUGCUUAAUUACAUUUUGAGCCUCAUUUUUCUGGUGUUGUUUAAAAAAAUGUGUAGGACAGAACCUGAACAUUUGAAGGGGUUUCUGUAUUCGUAUAGACUGCAUGUUUGGAUCAAUUUGACAAAAGAAAAUUAUGUUACAACUAAUAAAUUUAUACUAUUUACCUUAUUGUGAAAGGUUUGAACCCAGUAGUCAUUUCAUGACAAAAUGUCAGUCAACUAUCAGUCACUGUCAACAAUGGUCCAGUUGGGGACUAGAUUCCCCCAGAUGAUCAUGCUUAGCCUACUUAUUUAUCUUGUUAUACGGUAAAAUUCCAGAAAUAAGCCCAGGGGCUUAUAUUUUUCAAAGGCCCUUUUUGACGGGCUUAUUUUUGGAGGGGCGUAUAUAAUAUUUCGGAGGGGCUUAUCUAUGGAGGGAAAUUUGCGUUUCAAAAACGAUUGGGCUAGCCUUAUAGUUGGAAGUAAAUUUACCGUUUUCGCUUUGUUUUACUUUGUAUUUGAGGGCAGUUUUCAAGUACAAGCCCCCUGGGGGGCUUAUAUUUGGAGGGGCGAUUUAACGGAGGGUUUUUUGCAUAACGAGUUUGGGGGGCUUAUAUUUGGAAAGGCUUAUACAUGAAGGGGCUUAUUUUCGAAAUUUUACAGUAUUUUUCAAUUUCCAUGGAAUGCUCAACAGGGACCUACACUCGUUCGGGACCCACAUAUGAUGAACAGAGUCUCUAUGAUGAUGACGAUGAUGAUGAUGAUAACAGAAAAUAUGGUAGACAUCCACCACCACAGGCAGCAGCUGCUGCUUGGAACUUCCAACCACAAGCUUCUCGGCCUCCACCACCAUCAUCAGGACUUAACAUGGGUAGGGGACGUGGAAGAGGGCGGGGUCUUCAAUCCAGUCAGCCUCUUCGGAGACCAAAUCUUCCUGGCAUGGCAAGAGGUACUGCUGCUGCUGCUGCUGCUGCCAGUCAAGGUGAGACAACAGCAGGCAUGUUCGGUCACCAUUGAAGUAGUUGAAGCUUCACCAGUGCCUGCUUAAUAGAGCUUUCUGCUAAAUAUGGGUUUGUUCUACUUAAAACAUGGUGAGAAAUGUUUGAAACAUACUGAGCUAUGAAUAUAGAGAUGAUGCAAUAGUUUUGUUUAUUGCGGUGGAACCUUGAGAACAAAACAGAGACUAAUCCCCCCACCCAGUCACCAGUGUCUGCAUUUCCUUACAGGAAUGGCUGCUUAAAGAAAUGUAUAAAUUAAUUCAGAGUUGUUAUUUCUUUAAGUAACGGUAGUAAUGCUUGCUUUUUUACCUCAACUUCAUUGCAUUUUUUUUAUCCACAGAUCCAUCUUGGAGCAGCAUCGCUGCCUCUGAAAAUGCACCACCUUCCACAGACAGCAUUCCAGCAUGGGCAAGGGCAGGACAACAGCCACUCCCUGGUGGACGAGGGGCAUUAAGAGCCCCUGUCACCAAACCAAAAGUCUAUGCUGGAGCGAUGAAUCCCCCCGCCCCAGGACACGCCCCUAUGCCCCCACCUGCUUGGCAGCAGCAGCUAGCCUGGCAGGGAGGAGGACGAGGCAUAACAUCCCGGAUUAAUUCUUUAAAUAUUAAUGGCUAACAGUGCAUUUCAGGACCUUUCUGUCAUUUCAUGAAGUCUUGAUUUAAUUUUUCAUAUUUAUUAACUUUUUGGCCUCUAGACAUAUCUGUGAAUACAUGAAACUAGUUUGUUGUGACUAUUCAAAUAGAGGUUUCUUGAAGGGCUUUUACAAAAUUACUGAAGCAUAUAUUUAACGACUUGUGACAUUCACAAUCUGUAGAACGUUACUUUCUAAUGGUAGUGUUUUUAUUUUAGUAUGAAGUUUUAAGUUUCCUUGACUUAUGGUUUCAUGAAGAUGAUGAUGAUCAUAGUGGUAGUGUUGAUGAUGAUGAUGAUGAUGAUGGUGAUGAUGAUGAUGAUGAUGAUGAUAGUGGUGGUAGUGGUGGUGGUGAUGACGAUGACGACGAUGAUGAAAGUGAUGAUGAUGAUAGUGGUAGUGUUGAUGAUGAUGACGAUGUUGAUGAUGAUGAUGAUGGUGAUGAUGAUGAUGAUGAUAGUGGUGGUAGUGGUGGUGGUGAUGACGAUGACGAUGAAAAUGAUGAUGAUGAUGAUGAU